UGCCAAUGAGCGAAGAAAUGAAGGCCCAUAUAAAAGAAGGCUUGCUCAUCCUCUCGCCUCAUACUUUCUCAGCAGCGUCCGUCCUCAUUGGUUCUGCUCUCAAGUUCUAGCAACGGCAGAAAACGUUAUGAAAUUAUUCGUUGUGGUGUCCUGCCUGUUGGCAGUGGCUUCAGCAGAGCCUCCAGUUCGGGGAUAUGGCGCCCCAGCCGGCGGUGGGGGAUACUCUGGUGGUGGCGCUGGGGUUUAUUCUGGGGGUGGUGGUGGGGGUUAUGCUGGGGGUGGUGGAGGUGGUUAUUCAGGAGGAGGAUCGGCAGGCUACGUAGCACCAUCCGGUGGAUAUUCUGGAGGGGGUGGGAUCGGUGGUGGUGGUGGUGGUGUGGGUGGAGGAGUUGGUGGGGGUCAAAUCCGUCGCUACGUCUCCAUUCAUGUGGCACCCGAGGAACCACAAGAUAACCAGAAUCGUGUGAUCCGUGUGCCCGGCGGGGGAGACAAGCACGUCAACAUUAUCUUUGUCAAGGCCCCCUCUCACUCCUCGAACCAGCAGACGGAGGUCAUCCUUCCAGAGCAGGAUGAGCAGAAGACACUCGUCUACGUCCUCGUCAAACGCCCAGACGUCUCCUCCGACGUCAAGAUCCGACAACCUGCGCCCACUCGACCUGCCAAACCGGAAGUGUUCUUCAUCAGAUACAAGAAUAACGGUGGGGGUGGUGGCGGAGGAGGUGCUGGUGGGGAGGGAGGAUUUGGGGGUGGUGUCGGUGGUGGUGCAGGAGCAGCGGCCGCGGCUGCCUACGGAGUUCCAGGAUCCAGUGCGGGGGGAUACAAUUAAAUCUGCCUUAAUUUAAAUGGGAACGUUGUCACGUGUGUGUAGGUUAGCUGUUGUGGUGCACUAGUCAACUUGAAAUGGUUGUUUCGGACCUAAACCUUAUUUUUUGCGUCUCAUGUUCGAAACCAAUCUCAGUAUUUUUUUAUUCAGUUGUUUUCAGUAUUUCGUUGUUAAUUAUCUUUGCAGAUAAAUAAAUAAUUAAAAUAUAUGCGUAUAUAUAAAAUAACAAAAGUA